UACUGCUGGUCCUGAACACUAUCACUUUCGGGCUGCACUUUACACGCUCACUGCACCUGUAUGUCAGAGGAUAGCAAGAAGGAAGGACUGACAGGAAUUACUUGCACAUUUUUGUGGUUCACUUCCCACACAAAAAGAUACUUUAAUAAGGAACAAAGGAAGCCAACUGAGAGAGUUGACAGAUUUUGCUUGGGAAUUGAAAAUAACCAGGGGCUUCACUUAAUACACACACCUCUGUGCAGUAAGAGAAGUAUGUCACAUCCACACGCUGAUCAUGCGGACCAUAGCAUGGCACCGGAUAGCACACACUCUCAUGGGGACCAUACGACGCCCGACGCAGGUCAUGGGCAACACACGAUGAUGAUGCAAAUGACCUUCUACUUUGGCUACAAAAAUGUGGAGCUGCUAUUCGCUGGACUGGUCAUCAACACCCCAGCAGAGAUGGUAGGUGCUUGCAUUGGUGUUCUCUUGCUGGCUAUGCUCUACGAGGGCCUGAAGAUCGGCCGUGAGGUCCUGUUGAGAAGGAAUCAGGUGAACGUGCGCUACAACUCUAUGCCAGUCCCAGGAGCCGAUGGCACCGUUCUCAUGGAGACACAUAAAACAGUCGGCCAGAAGAUGAUGAGUCUCCCACACUUCAUCCAGACGCUUCUUCACAUCAUCCAAGUGGUGGUCAGUUACUUCCUCAUGCUGGUGUUCAUGACGUACAACGGUUACCUGUGCAUAGCAGUGGCGUUGGGCGCUGGCUUCGGCUACUCUGUUCAGCUGGAAGAAGGCAGUAGUGGUGGAUAUUACAGAACACUGUCAUUAACCUCUCUUGUAUAAAAACCUCAAAAAACACCCACUGUACAAUC